AUGACAAAGAACGAUUCGAAAAGAGUGAUUCCACUAGAGUCCAAUCCUGCUGUAUUCACAGAUCUUGCUUAUAAUUUGGGUUUAACACCAGUAUUGGAAUUUCACGAUGUUUAUUCAUUAACUGAUAAAGAUUUAUUAAACUUUUUACCUAAUCCACUUUAUGCUGUGAUAUUAUUAUUCCCAUUGAGUAAAAAUUACGAAGAUUAUAGAAAACAACAAGAUUCAAUUAAUGAUCAACCUUAUAAUAAUGAAUUGAAUAAUAAAAUUAAAUGGUUUAAACAAACCAUUGGUAAUGGGUGUGGAUUAUAUGCGUUACUUCAUAUAUUGACCAAUUUACCAAGAGAUUUAAUUAUUUCUAAUUCAAAAUUAUCAAAUUUAUUAGACAGUGUCAAGAAUGGAUUAUCUGUUGAUGAAACCUCUUUAAUUGUCGAAGAAUUGGAAUCAGAGAUUAAAUUGGAUGAAAAUUUUGGUGAAAAGGGCCAAACUGAAGCUCCUGCUGCGUCUGAAUCAGUUGAUUUACAUUUUAUUACUUUUAUAAAAGGAAAAGAUAAUCAUUUAUAUGAAUUGGAUGGUAGACGUAAUGGACCUAUAGAUUUAGGAGAAUCUGUUGAUGAAUCAAAUAUUAUCAAAGAUCCUUUGUUGACUGAAAAAAUCCAAUUCUAUAUUGACAAUGCUGAUGAAGCCAACAAGAAUAACUUUGCAAUUAUGGCAAUUGGGCCUUCAACCGAUUAA